GCUUCCAAUAAUUAGUAACUAUGAUGUACAAAAUUCAUGGUUAAUGAUAUCUAGGGUUCGGAUGUGUAUAAUUUUAUAACUGUAUAUGUAUGCAUAAUUGCACUAAAAAAUUACCAAAUAUGUAAUCAAAUUAUGCCAAAAAACACCAAAAUAUACGCCCAAAAAAAUGUAUUUUAGAUAAGUAUUUAAUUUUUAUACCUAGUUUUAUUAUUAGUUAUUUGUAUUUAUUAUUUUUUAAUAUUUCAUAUUAAUUUGUAAUAAAAGCGUUACAGUGUGGUACAAUAAAUUUUUAAUUUAUUCAAAUUGUAACUUUUUUGUAUUUAUACUUCAGUUCCGCGUUGACACUCAUUGCGUUCAGUUGUUACGAAUACGUAGAUACCUACUCGCUUUCAAUUACCUUCAGCAGCGGGAAAAGAUUUAAAACUUCAGGAUGUUUUUUUCAUUUACAAUACUUGAUAUAUCAUAAGAUCUAGAUGUUGGGUUGGGUUACAAGAUAUUAAAAUAUAUAUAUGUUCAAUUUACGAGCUUAUAAAACUGUCAAGUUAAGCAUUUAUUCCCCGAAGAAAGUGAAGGAAGCGUGGGGUAUUUUAAAAUCAGAAUUUAAGGACGAUGAACUAAAUCUAAAAAUAACCAUUUAAAAAAUUCAAAUGAUGUUUAGAAAAAAGAAACAACCGGUACAGGUAAAUUGUUAUUUUUCUUAUAUGUAUGGUAUUAUAUAUAUUUCUUUUUUAGACUCUUUGGUAUAUUAUAUUGAGACUAAAAUUUUUUACAUAGACUUAUUGAGUAACCCUGGACUGUUGAAGUGCACGGACACGACCAACCUACCUAGAGACCACCCGUGCUACGUUGCUGAGAGAAAAAAGAUACCCGGCUUAUUUUUGGACGAGACAGAUGGAAGGACGAUAACAGAGUUUUGUGCCUUGCGUGCCAAAUCGUUUGCUUAUAAGAUUAACGGUAAAGAAAAGAUCAAGGCGAAAGGUAUGUGGUCACGAUAUGACAUUCGAAGAUUAUAGGCGGUGUUUGUUCAAUGAUAAUGAUUUGGAUGUGUAUAAGAAACAUGUUAACGAUACAUGAUAAGUGACGAUAAGAGAGUAUAACUAGAAGGCCAAAUGCAUAUAUUAGCCUAUGUUAAAAAGGCUUUAGUUUAAAAUAUUAUGUAAUUUAUCAAUUUUUUUUCUCUGUAUAAACUACCAGAUUUCGAGUAGGAGUGCUCAAAUAAAUAAAUAAAUAAUAAUAAUAAUAAUUAUAAUUACUAUAAAUUAUUGUACAAAUAUACAAAACUAAGAAUCUAUUUUUAAAUAUAACAACAUACUAUACUAUUUAAGAACAUAACAUCAUGUAGUUUAUUAUGUAAUUAAACAGUAACAAGGUAAAAAAAUCAUAUUAAUUUUGUUUAGUCUUUGAGAACAAUAUUUAAAAUAAUUUAAUAACAAUAUUAGUCUUUAAAAUUAUACAUUGAUUGACUGAAAUUUGUUAAGUGUUCUUUUUCUACAGUAAAUUCAAAAACAUUUUUAUCUUUAAAAGCUGUUUUAGCAUGCAAUAUAUCUUCCAACCGGUUGACACCACACCGACGUAGUCAGGAACAAAACACGACACAUUUUUGGCACAGAACUGUGCUGACAUUUUUCACAGGUUGA